AUGCAUAAUCUACAACUAGAUCCUAAGUUAAUGAACAAUAAUAGUGAAUUAGCUGAAAAUGAAAAGGAAAAGUUUGUUGAUUCAGAGUUACAUUCAAAUCUGUAUGAAGAUUCAAAUGAACAUGUUUCUGAUAGUGAUUUAGAAGGAAAAGAAGAAAUAUUCAAAAAUAAUGCUGAAGAACUCCUUGAUGAGGAUGGACAUUUUGGAAAUCGUAAAUUUACAUCAACUGAAAUAGCACUUGCACUUCCAUUACUUAAAUGCCGUCAUUCGCUUACAAAUAGUUGCAUAACAAGUAUUUUGUAA